CAUGGCGGCGCCCCAUGCCCACCCGCCGACCCUCCUCCCGUCAGCCCCUGCGUCGCGCCCCCUUCCCGUCUCGCCCCGCGGUGGCGCACGGCACGACAAGAUGGCGCAGCCGCCGGUUCCUCUGAAGGACAUGAAGCUGCUGGACGUCAAGCUGGGCCAGCUGCCCAGCUGGCUGGCUAUGAGGGACUUCACCCCCGGCGGCAUCGCGGGCGCCUUCCGCAGAGGUUAUGAGAGGUAUUACAAUAAAUACAUCAACGUGAAGAAAGGGGGCCUUGGUGGUAUCAGUAUGGUGCUUGCAGGGUAUGUUGUCAUGAGCUACAUCUGGAGCUACAGUCACUUGAAGCAUGACCGGCGCAGGAAGUAUCACUGAAACAUGGAAUUCAGAAAGUGAAGGUGCAGCUUGUGGCCACUGGGACAUUCAUCCUGACAGAAGGCAACUGAACUGUCAUUCAUUAAAAAAAAUCUCUACUGUUGUGACCAAUAAUAAAGUGCAUACACUUUACACUUGCUGAACUGAA